GUAUUCGCUCAGGCUUGUAUCCCCUUUGUGUCCCAAUAUGUCUAAUGCGAAUCGAAUUGUGUACUCCGGCCCGCCCUGAAAGACCGGGCAUCAAUGGUACCAAGAUGUCCACAUAUCAGACAUCAUGUCGACCGGAAGGGAAAGGGAAGGUUGUGUGGCAGCGUGGCGUUACAGAUGCCGAGACCCAAGUCGUUUGUGCCCGUAUCUGGCUAUAUACUCGGCGGUCCGGAACAAGUCGUUCAUCAAAAGCGCCGAGUUUGGAAAUACAAAUCAGUACCACGAGUUGCUGCCCGAAGGUGGACCGAUUUAG